UCAGGAAGAGAAACAGGGAAUCCUCCACAGCACUAGAAAAACACCCCAACUCACCAAUGACAGCGAAGCAGAUAUUAGAAGUCAUUCAGAAAGAAGGGUUAAAAGAAACAAGAAAUGGAACUUCUCCAUUAGCCUGUCUGAAUGCAAUGCUUCACACUAACACUCGAAUAGGGGAUGGAACAUUCUUCAAAAUCCCUGGAAAGUCAGGCCUCUAUGCUCUCAAAAAAGAGGAGUCGUCAUGCCCAGCUGAUGGAACAUUGGAUUUAGGCUGUGAGUCUGAACUGGAUGGUGCAGAAAUGGCGGAGGCCAAUGCCAGUGGAGAAGGAAAUGGAGUUUGUGCAAAGCAGGUAACUGAUGAAGCAUCUUCCACUCGAGAUUCAAGUCUUGCUAACACAGCAGUGCAGAGCAAGUUAGUGUCUUCCUUUCAACAACACACCAAAAAGGCUCUUAAACAGGCUUUGAGGCAGCAGCAGAAAAGAAGAAAUGGAGUCUCAAUGAUGGUAAACAAGACUGUUCCUCGUGUUGUUUUGACACCAUUAAAGGUGUCUGAUGAGCAGUCGGAUUCGCCUUCAGGCUCCGAAUCUAAAAAUGGUGAAGCAGACAGUUCAGAUAAAGAAAUGAAACAUGGGCAAAAAUCUCCCACUGGAAAACAAACAAGUCAGCACUUAAAACGAUUAAAAAAGUCUGGUUUGGGACACUUGAAAUGGACCAAAGCUGAGGACAUUGACAUAGAAACCCCAGGAUCUAUUCUUGUCAACACUAACUUGAGGGCAUUAAUAAAUAAACAUACGUUUGCUUCCUUACCUCAGCAUUUUCAACAAUACCUCCUGCUUUUGCUCCCAGAAGUGGAUAGGCAGAUGGGAAGUGAUGGAAUUUUACGCCUCAGUUCUUCAGCUCUGAAUAAUGAAUUCUUUGCAUAUGCAGCACAAGGAUGGAAACAGCGACUGGCAGAAGGAGAGUUUACUCCAGAAAUGCAGUUGCGGAUAAGGCAAGAAAUUGAGAAGGAAAAGAAAACAGAACCUUGGAAAGAAAAAUUCUUUGAAAGGUUUUAUGGAGAAAAGUUGGGCAUGUCAAGAGAGGACUCAAUAAAGCUUACUUCUGGACCAAACAAUGAUGGCGCUGAAAGUAGUUCUUCAUGUGGACCCACUGGCCUCCCAGGUCUUUCUGCACAGACUCCCUUGGAAGAGCAACAGCCAAAAAGCAUGAAAAGUCCAACUUCACCAGAGCCGGAAUUCUGUGCUAUGGUAGAUGUAGGUAAAGACAUAAUGGCAGAAUCAGAAUCAGAAGAUAUCUUGAUCCCUGAAGAAUCUGUGAUUCAGGAGGAAAUUGCUGAAGAGGUAGAGACUAGUAUCUGCGAAUGUCAGGAUGAAAAUCAUAAGACGAUACCUGAAUUUUCUGAGGGGUCUGAAAGUCCAGCCAACUCUCACGAAGAGCCCCAGGUAGCACCUCCUGAAGAUAACUUGGAAUCCUGUGUUAUGAUGAAUGAUGUUUUAGAAACUUUGCCUCAUAUUGAAGUUAAAGUGGAAGAGAAAUCAGAAUCUCCCCAGGAAGAAAUGUCGGUUGUUAUUGAUCAACUAGAGGUCUGUGAUUCUCUUGUUCCUUCCACUUCAUCUGUGACUCAUGUCAGUGACACAGAACAUAAGGAGCCAGAAGCUGCAGUAGAGACCAAUACUCCAAAAAUAAAGACAGGGUCGUCUUCUUUAGAAGGCCAAUUUCCCAGUGAAGGAAUUGCCAUAGAUAUGGAGUUACAGAGUGAGCCUGAUGAACAGCUUUCUGAAAAUGCUUGCAUCUCUGAAACUUCCUUCUCUUCCGAGAGCCCAGAGGGAGCCUGUACCAGCCUGACAUCCCCAGGAGGGGAAACCCAAUCCACUUCAGAAGAAUCAUGUACUCCAGCCUCCCUUGAGACAACGUUUUGUUCUGAGGUGUCCAGCACUGAAAAUGCAGACAAAUAUAACCAGAGAAACCCCCCUGAUGAAAACCUUCAUGCAUCUUUGAUGUCAGAAAUAUCUCCAGUAUCCACUUCACCUGAGAUAUCAGAGGCCUCUCUCAUGUCCAAUUUACCUUUAACAUCCGAAGCAUCCCCGGUAUCAAAUUUACCUUUAACAUCAGAAACGUCACCCAUGUCGGAUUUACCUUUGACCUCAGAAACGUCUUCAGUGUCUUCCAUGCUUCUGACAUCUGAGACCACUUUUAUAUCCAGUUUGCCUCUUCCUUCAGAAACAUCUCCAAUUUCUAAUUCUUCCAUGAAUGACAGAAUGGUGCAUCAGCAAAGAAAGUCCCCUUCCAUCUCUGAAGAACCACUCUCCCCACAAAAAGAUGAAGGCUCUGCCCCUGCCAAGCCCCUGGGCGAGAGCCUUCUCUCUCAACAGAGGACUCUAUCAAAUACUCCUGAACCUGUCAAUAUGGGUUCUUCUGUUUCUCCUGAAGCAUUUCCAUCUGAAGAAUUGCACAGUAAGACUCUGAGUCAGCAGCCUUGUAAAUCACACGUUGAAACUGAGAAGCCCUAUCCUGCUUCGAUUCCAGAACUUCCUUCUAUAGAAAUGAUAAAAGUUAAAAAUCAUAAUGUCCUGCAAAGAACAGAGAAGAAAGGGGCAUCUUCACCAUUGGAGUUACCGGUCUUUUCUGAAGAGACAGAGAGUAAGGGAAACGAGCUUCCAUCAGCUAAAUUACAGGACAAACAGUAUGUCUCAUCAGUGGAUAAGGCUUCCUUUUCAGAAGGCUCUAGAAAUAAAACCCAUAAGCAAGGAAGCUCACAGAACCGAUUGGAGACCUUGCAUUCUUCCAAGUUGUCCGAGCCUUCCAAGUCACCCGACGGGAUAAGAAAUGAAAGUAGAGAAUCCGAGAUAUCAAAGAGGAAAACAGCAGAGCAGCACAGUUUUGGAAUCUGUAAGGAAAAGAGGGCUAGGAUAGAAGAUGAUCAAUCAGUGCGGAACAUAUCGUCCAGCAGCCCCCCUGAGAAAGAGCAGCCCCCCAGAGAGGAGCCCAGGGUUCCACCUCUCAAGAUCCAGCUUUCCAAAAUUGGGCCACCUUUUAUUAUCAAGAGCCAGCCAGUCUCCAAACCAGAGUCUCGCGCAUCCCCUAGCACGUCGGUCGGCGGUGGGAGGAACACAGGAGCCAGGACCCUUGCAGAUAUCAAGGCCCGGGCCCAGCAGGCAAGGGCCCAGCGAGAGGCCGCGGCAGCCGCUGCUGUGGCCGCCGCGGCCAGCAUCGUCUCCGGAGCCAUGGGGAGCCCAGGAGAGGGUGGAAAGGCAAGAACCCUGGCACACAUCAAAGAGCAGACAAAGGCGAAGCUCUUUGCAAAGCAUCAAGCCCGAGCCCACCUCUUCCAGAACACUAAAGAGUCCCGGUUGCCUGUGCUCGGCUCAAAGGAUGGGCCUCCCAGCUUAGAAGUCUCUUCUGUCCCUGAAACAAAAAUCGAAGGGUCUACUGGCGUGAUUAUUGUCAAUCCAAACUGCAGAUCUCCUAGCAACAAGUCCACACACCUCCGGGAGACCAGCACUGUAUUGCAGCAGUCCCUUAACCCAGCUAAACUUCCAGAAACUGCCACUGACUUAUCUGUGCAUAGCUCUGACGAAAAUGUACCUGUGUCGCAUUUAUCUGAGAAAAUUGUUUCAUCUACCUCUUCUGAAAAUAGCAGUGUGCCCAUGCUUUUUAAUAAAAAUUCUGUCCCCGUGUCUGUUUGCAGCACUGCUAUGUCGGGAGCAGUUAAAGAACAUCCCUUUGUGAGUUCUGUUGAUAAAUCCUCCGUUCUAAUGUCUGUGGACAGUGCAAACACUACGAUUUCUGCUUGUAAUAGAAGCAUGUUAAAAACCAUCCAGGGAACCGACACUCCGUGCAUAGCCAUCAUACCAAAAUGCAUCGAAAGCACUCCUAUCCCCCUCACGACAGAGGGCUGCCGUGGAUCGAGCCCCAUGGAUGACAAGCCGGCGCCACUGUCCAGCAGCAGUGCUAGUAACUUAGUCUCCAGUCAGUACACCUCUGUGCCAACACCCUCCAUCGGGAAUAACUUGCCCAGCCAUCUCUCCACUAGCUCUGUCUUGAUUCCCCCAGCGGGAGUUAAUAGCAGAUACCCUUCUGAGAAGAUAGCCAUGCCUGGGAGUGAAGAACAGGCCCCCGGACCCUUGGGUACCACUGUGAGAGCCGCCCUCGGCUGCAGGGAGUCGGUAGCAGUCACAGACGCUCUGGCUGCACGGCCACAUGUCGCAAUGUUUACUGGAAGCAUGCUAACAAUAAACUCUUACGAGAGUCCUCCCAAGUUGAGCGCCGAAAGCUUGGACAAAAAUUCAGGGCUUCGAAACAGGGCAGACAGUUCUGGGAAACCUCAGCAGCCUCCGGGGGGCUUUGCACCAGCAGCCAUAAACAGAUCGAUUCCAUGUAAAGUCAUCGUUGACCACAGCACCACGCUGACCUCCACGUUGUCUCUGACCGUCUCCGUCGACAGCGCGGAAGCCAGCUUGGACCUCCAGGGCAGGUCAGUGAGGACAGAAGCCUCCGUCCAGCCUGUGGCAUGUCCUCAGGUAUCUGUCAUCAGCAGGCCUGAGCCAGUUGCAAACGAAGGCAUAGAUCACACUUCCAGUUUCCUUGCUGCUCCCGCGGCAAAGCAAGACUGUAAACCGAUGCAGGCGGCCUGUUCAGGUCUCCGAGAAGGACCCCUUGUUGUUCCAGAUAAGUUAAAUGAGGCGACUGCUCCUAGUAAUAGCUUUGCUGAGCAGGCACGGGGCCCAGCCACUUUCCAGAGUGAAACAGACACCACCUGUAGCAAUCAGUACAACCCAGGCAACCGGAUUUGCUGGACUGAGGAGGGGAUGAGGGGCCCAGGGCAGCCUCUGGUUAGUCACUCUGGUUCAAGUAAACAGAAAGACUACCUGGAGCAGAGCUGUCCAAAGCCUAUCAAAAGCGAACACGCUGGCUACUCACACAUGUCAGAACUUCACCCCAGGAAUCUCAUGACAAAUGUCCCUCUCCCGGUGAAGUCUGAACCUCAUGAAGUGGACAAGGGCUUUAGAAUGGACACCGAAGACUUCCCCGGCCCCGAGCUGCCACCUCCGGCCGCAGAGGUCGCCCCUGGUGUGCCGCAGGCACAAAACGUGAAGGCCUCCACCUCCGGCCCCAUGGAAGAGGCCAUCUCCUUGGCUGUGGACCCCCUGAAAAGAGUCCCCAGCGCAGGGAGCUCCAGCUGCCGUCUCUCAUCCGUGGAGGCUAACAAUCCACUGGUGACACAGUUGCUCCAGGGCAACCUGCCUUUGGAAAAAGUGUUGCCUCAGCCCCGAUUGGGAGCCAAGCUCGAAAUCAACAGACUUCCUCUGCCUCUUCAAACUACCUCAGCGGGUAAAACGGCACCAGAGAGGAACAUUGUAGAAAUGCCGUCCAGCUCUCCAAAUCCAGACGGGAAGGGCUACCUGGCAGGGACCCUUGCACCGCUGCAAAUGAGAAAGCGAGAAAACCACCCCAAAAAGAGAGUCGCCAGGACUGUGGGGGAACAUACGCAAGUUAAAUGUGAGCCAGGGAAGUUGUUGGUGGAGCCAGAUGUUAAAGGGGUGCCUUGUGUCAUCAAUUCGGGCAUGAACCAGCUAGGACACGGCCAGCCUUUUAAGCAAGAGUGGCUGAACAAGCACUCCAUGCAGAACAGAAUUGUUCACAGCCCUGAGGUCAAACAGCAAAAGCGGCUGCUCCCCUCGUGUAGCUUCCAGCAGAACCUAUUUCACGUCGAUAAGAAUGGCAGCUUCCACCCCGAGGCUGGCAUCGCACACCGGCAGCAGUUUUACCAAAUGCCCAUGGCUGCCCGGGGCCCGGUCCCCAGCGCCGCACUAUUACAGGCCUCUGCCAAGACCGCAGUGGGCUGUAACGCGUUCGCCUUCAAUAGGCAUCUCGAACAAAAGGGGUUGGGAGAGGUUGGCCUUUCUUCAGCACCUCACCAGCUGAGGUUAGCCAACAUGAUAUCCCCCAACGUGCCCAUUAAAGAAGGCGAUGACGUGGGAGGGGCCGCGCACUCCAUGCCGAACAAAGCACUGGUGCAUCCCCCGCCCCCGCCCCCACCGCCCCCCCCACCCUUGGCUUUGCCCCCGCCUCCCCCACCGCCACCUCCGCUACCUCCACCUCUUCCGAAUGCAGAAGUCCCCUCCGAUCCGAAGCAACCGCCGGUUGCCAUGGAAACCACUAAGCGACUUAGUUGGCCACAGUCCACGGGCAUAUGUAGCAAUAUAAAAUCGGAACCUCUUUCUUUUGAGGAAGGUUUAAGCAGCAGCUGUGAACUGGGCAUGAAACAAGUUUCCUAUGACCAGAAUGAAAUGAAAGAACAGUUAAAAGCAUUUGCGCUAAAAAAUGCAGAUUUCUCUUCCUAUUUGCUUUCUGAGCCACAAAAGCCUUUUACCCAAUUAGCUGCUCAGAAAAUGCAGGUGCAGCAACAACAGCAGCUCUGUGGAAAUUAUCCAACAAUACACUUUGGUAGCACGAGCUUCAAAAGGGCGGCAUCUGCAAUUGAAAAGUCCAUUGGGAUUUUGGGAAGCGGCUCCAGUCCUGCCACGGGCCUGCCUGGUCAGAACGCUCAGAUGCCCGUGCAGAACUUUGCCGACAGCAGCAACGCGGAUGAGUUGGAACUGAAAUGCUCUUGCCGGCUGAAAGCCAUGAUCGUGUGCAAAGGCUGUGGGGCCUUCUGCCACGAUGACUGCAUAGGUCCCUCCAAACUCUGUGUGGCUUGCCUGGUUGUGCGGUAAGAGCUGGUGAAAGAUGCAGUAUCCCUUUUCAACACGGAAAAGCCAAACGGCGUCAGCAGCAACAAAUUGAGUAACUCAGUGGUUUAUAUCGUGAUAAUUUAUUUUACUUUGGAACAGAUUAUCUUUUCUCUCUGGGAUUAUUUACUUGCAUUUCCCAGAAAGGGGAGGUCACGUCCCAGCAGAGUGGCUCAUCAGCAUGUCUUUUACAGAUUAAGUUGCCAUUCCCAGCUUUGGAAAAUUUCUGUCCACGUGUAUACAGGUCACUACCCCAUUCAUUAUUAUUAUUAUUAUUAUUAUUUUUAAUCCAGGUGUAGAUAGGAAAAGGACAUUUUUAAUUACUUACUGCUAACCAGAAAUGCAGAUGUAGAAAGAGAACGGGAAAAGCGAUUUAAGGUGGUUGGUGAUUCAUUCUCUUGUAGAUUAACCAUUGCAACAAAGGCUUUCACAGUUGACUCUUCUGGACCUACCUUUACCACAGUGAUGCAAUCGUAUUUGGAAAGGGGAAUCUUAUUUAAAUGUAUGAUUCCUUGUAUUGCUCCUAUCUCAAAAGAUACAUUAAAGGAGGUAUGCCAUUCAUGAACUCCACUGUCCUUAUUCUCUUCCCUCCCUUGUCACUCUUUUCAGAGCCUGGCAGAACGUCUGGCUCUGCCUUGGACCUUGUGCACACAUUGUAGUGAAAUGUGUCUUCUACCUGAAGUUGCAGUGUGGGCCUCAUGCCCGGUAAUCUGGUUCGAGCCCUUUGACACCUGAUACCGUCAGAUGAGUUGACCAGCAGAGGGCCAUAGGCCCGUAGAA